AGAGAAGUAGACUGUGUUGCUUAUUUAGGCAAUAUAUUUGAAAUUAUGUACAUGUAAUUCACAGUAUGAGAGGUAAUUUGAGGAUGAUGGCCUAUUCUCUGAUAAUAGCCAUCCUUGGCAUUUAAUGGGACUUGAAUGUUUACAAAGGAUCAGCUAACAGCUUGUAACUAACAAUCAAUUACGCGACUCCGCCAGAGAGAGCUUAAUGAAUGCAGCGCUAAUUAGCCAAUCCAGAGCUGUUAGUUCCCCCCGUCAGCCGCUGGCAUCCACCUAAUUGGCCACAUGCUUCCAGAUGAGCCACGGCCCGCCAAGCAGCGGCGCGCUCGUGCCAACUACAGCAGCUGGCAGCUGGAAGAGCUGGAGAAGGCCUUCAAGAGCACGCACUACCCUGAUGUGUUCAUGCGCGAGGCCCUGGCACUCCGACUGGACUUAAUCGAGGCUAGAGUUCAGGUGUGGUUCCAGAAUCGCAGGGCAAAGAUGCGCAGACAAAUGAAACUUCAAGGCCAGAGUGGAGACCUGUGUGGGAAAGAGAGAGAGUCGGGCCACCCGACACCCUCCAGGAGGAGCACAGAGUCAGACGGCGACCAGGUGCUCUGCUGGGACAGCAAAAAGGAGAAGAGUAUCGGACAUGCACUGCACCCGGAGGCCAGACAACAGGCACGAUCAGGAGAGACCAGUCCUGAGGAGUUCCGCUUCUGCAGCAUUGCUAAACUGAGAGCCAAGGCCAGGGAUUAUGAAGCCGAGAUCCACAGCACUGCGGCCAAGAGCGACAGGAAGUCGUGCUUAAAAUCUCACGUGUCUGAAAAGUGACUGUUGAAGCUCUGGGUUCCUGAUUUCUAGUUUAUUUAUUGUCGCCUCAUUAUUACACAAGUUGGAGAUGCAUUUCUUUAUUUUCUCCUGAUAUUUCGGUGUCUUUUGCAUUAAUAUACAUGUGAAUAUUUCUAACACAAUCUCUGAUCACAAAGGUAUUGUGUGUGUGUGUGUGUGUGUGUGUGUGUGUGUGUGUGUGUGUGUGUGUGUGUGUGUGUGUGUGUGUGUGUGUGUGUGUGUGUGUGUGUGUGUGUGUGUGUGUGUGUACUAAACCUUCUCUGUUGUUUUGUAACAAUUUUCAUAUCCGAUGGGUGAUUAUUAUAUUUUUCCUAGCAUUAUUAUUUCAAAAAACUUUAAAAGAUAAGAGCAUAAGAGCAAAGCAUACAGAUGCUGAGC